CCGCGCAGAGCGGCCGCUUCCGGCUCACGUGGGUCGCACGGGCACAUGGCCGCGAGCAUGGAGCCUACAGAGGACGUGGAGCGGCUCCUGAUCCAGUUCCGCGAUGAGGCCGGCGAGCCGCUGGGCUCCCCCUUCGACGUGCCCGUCAGCAUCACCCCGGAUAAGCUGCAGCUGGUGUGCAACGCCCUCCUGCAGCAGGAUGAGCCGGUGCCUUUGGCCUUCUUCUUCCACGAUGCCGAGAUUGUCGUUUCGCUGGAGAAGACAUUGGCAGGGCAAGCAGUGGAGACAGAGAAGGUUCUCGACAUCAUCUACCAGCCGCAGGCCGUGUUCAGGGUGCGGGCAGUGACACGCUGCACCAGCUCCCUGGAGGGACACACCGAGGCCGUCAUCUCCGUUGCCUUCAGCCCCACGGGAAAGUACCUGGCGAGCGGCUCUGGAGAUACAACAGUCCGCUUCUGGGACCUCAGCACAGAGACGCCGCAGUUCACAGCCAAAGGUCACAGGCACUGGGUGCUCAGCAUCGCCUGGUCACCUGAUGGCAAGAAGCUGGCCUCAGGCUGCAAAAACAGCCAGAUAUUUCUCUGGGACCCAGCCACAGGCAGUCAGAUCGGCCGCGUUCUCACUGGCCAUUCCAAAUGGAUCACGUGUCUGUGCUGGGAGCCGCUCCACAUAAACCCAGAGUGCCGCUACCUGGCCAGUGCUUCCAAGGAUGGCAGCAUCCGCAUCUGGGACACGCAGAUGGGCAGGUGUGACAAAAUCCUCACGGGCCACACGCAGUCCGUGACUUGUGUGAAGUGGGGCGGCGAUGGCUUGCUCUACUCCUCCUCCCAAGACAGAACUAUCAAAGUGUGGAGAAGCCAGGAUGGCAUCCUGUGCCGCACCUUGCAAGGCCACGCUCACUGGGUGAACACCAUGGCCCUUAGCACUGAUUACGUUCUUCGCACUGGUGCCUUUGAACCUGCUGAAGCCACCAUUAACCCACAGGAUAUGAGUGGCUCCUUGGCAGAACUGAAGGACAAGGCACAGCAGAGGUAUGAUAAAGUCAGGGGCCAGGGACCAGAAAGGCUCGUCUCAGGUUCAGAUGAUUUCACACUGUUUCUUUGGAGGCCAGCAGAAGAUAAGAAGCCACUGGAGAGAAUGACAGGUCACCAGGCAUUGAUUAACCAAGUCCUCUUCUCACCAGACACCCGGAUAAUAGCCAGUGCUUCCUUUGACAAAUCAAUAAAGCUCUGGGAGGGCAGGACAGGAAAGUACCUGACAUCACUGAGAGGACACGUCUCAGCCGUGUAUCAGAUCGCUUGGUCAGCCGACAGCCGCUUGCUGGUGAGUGGGAGCAGCGACAGCACACUGAAGGUCUGGAAUGCUGAGACAAAGAAACUGGCCAUUGAUCUUCCCGGCCAUGCAGAUGAGGUUUUUGCAACAGAUUGGAGCCCAGACGGACAGAGGGUAGCGAGUGGAGGGAAGGAUAAGUGUUUACGGAUAUGGCGCAGAUAGCAGCGACACGAAGCCACCAGUCCUGUCCUAAGCUGGCCUGCCCAUCCACUCAAUCUGCCUGGGAGAUCUGCAAGGCGAUGCACGACGGGGGCUGACCUGGGCAUGUCUCAUUGUUCCUGUCAGCUGCUAUCCCUCAUGGAUUCUUUCCUUAUAUUUAUUUAAGGAAAUUUUAAUUUCUGUUCUUAGUAAGAGCUGUGCUUUGCAGGAUCCUUUUCCUCUGAGCAUUACAAGAAGGAAAUCUCAUCUGCCUCCAUCUCAGCCUCCUUUUUAUUGAAAUUUCAGCCUUGUAGUGGCCUCACCCUUUGAAAAGGAAAAGCAUAGGGGUGGGGACUUGUCACGCUCUUCCUUCCCAUGUGAAGAAUCCUGCAUGCAAGGCUUUUAGUGGGAACAGAAAGGGUUGUCCUUGUGUGACCUUUGGAGAGGGAGAAGAGGAGAAAAAUACACCACAUCAUUACAGUGCAGAAUUGUGCUCGGCUGCAUGCCUGGGACAAAGAUCUGCUGAGAACAUGGUCUCAGGGCUUCUCGUUAUUCCAGUAAGGUUUUGCCUUUUCACACGGCCCAUUUACUCGUGAGCUGUGCCAAGCAUUAUCUGACAGUGAUUCUCCACAUCCACUGCAGCUAACUCAUUUGCCCAUCCAUUCAGGCCUGAGUGCAACAGGCAUCAGCUUCAAACUGCUGCAAGAGCUGCAUAGAGUUUUCAGGCCUCAAUGGCUCCUGAAAAUGCAAAAAUGAAUCGCUUGUGCUUUUGAAUAGGGCGCUCAUUUCCCUUCCACUUCUGACUUGAGGAAGUAAAGAAGGGGAGGGGAGUGGGAAAGAUGGAGCAGCAUGUUGAGUUUUGCAUGGCCCUUGUCCUGGAUACGAGCUUGAUGGCAGGGCUGGGGCUGUCUCAGUAAAUAACAAAACUUAUGUUGCACAGAGUUGGCUCUCUGGAAUUUCCCAAGUGUAUUUAUUUGCCCAAUGGGUGAAAGGAAUUCACACUAUCGGUAAUAUAUUUGUAAGCUUGUUUGUGAGCCUUUUUAUAAGUCAAUUCAGUGAAAAUUGGGAUAUGAUUAAUAGAGAGUAGAGAAUGUAUUAGAGAAUAUACUGUCAGAUUUCAUUGCAGCAAGUUAGCGUGAAGACCAAAACAUUCUGCAUAGCUCUCAUACUGUGGUUGAUACCCAGCGAUUAUGCGGCUCAGGAGUUUGUUUCCCAGUUGUAGAAAAUGCAUUUUAGAACUUUAUUCCUGCUGACAGGAUUGCUUUGGAUAAUUAAGAGAGGAUUUUGCAGUCAUGACUGUUUACAUCUCUGCAAGCGUUCAGGUCAGCAAAAGACUGGAACAAAAUGCUACAUCUUUAGUAUGAGUGAAAACAUGAGUUGUGGUUCCUUUUGUUGUAUUAUUUGGCUCUAUCUUAUGGAAGAACUCAAUAUUCUGUACCUGUUCUUUCACUCAUAUGCUUCCUCUAGCAGAUUCUCACUGGAAAUGAGGGCCAUGUUGUGUCCAUCUGUGUAAACAAAACCCUUCAGAACUUGCUAAGGUAAAGGUUAAGGCAGAGGGUGAUGUAAAACUGUAGCUGACAAUUCUGCCCCAUCCGGACUAAUGUGCCCUUUGGAAGGAGGGGAGCAUGCUUGUGGCUGGCAGAGCUCCUGUCACUGCCAAGAAGUCUGUUAUGCAGUUUCAUAGGGGAAACAACUCUUCUUUUUGAGGUCAGCUCUGUCUUUGUCCCCUGUGUUGACUUGCUGAAAGUGGUACCUUCUGCUACUCAUUCUGUGGAAAGAGCAUUGUUCUCUGCCUCCUCUUGCAAGGAGCUGUACAAGGUUGCUAUGCCCCACAGAUCCACAAUGUGUUUUGUGUUAGAAGUGGUGAUUUAUCCAACUUGGGGGAGAUGUUUCUGCCUGCAGGGAGAGGCUUGGUUGUGUUUGACUGCUUUCUUGUCCUCCCUUCCAAACCAAAGCCAUUGCUUUGCCCCCUGGCCAUGCUCCUGACCUAGGUUAGUUCCUGCCAUCCUUUCAGAGUCCAGUUCUAUGAUAUUUGGCACAAAACAGAGCCUGACUAAAACUCACCUCCUCAGUGGUACUGCAAAAAGCUUUUCCAAAGCAAAAUGAGAACUCUUGAAAAAAGAGAGGGCCUGCAAGUUUACACCAAAAUAUGCUAUAUCUAAACUGUUUUUUGACCUAAUAGUGGGUAGAUUUUGAAUAGUACCAUGUGAUGAAUUCAGAUGUAGACCAAACAGUAUUUUCCUAUCUAAGCAGCUGCUCCUAUUUCUAUCAUUUAUACAGUACCAGCCUUCAUGCAUUCUAAGUGCUGGCCCAUUUCCAGCUGCAUUCCCAAGCAAUCCCAUAACACUCCUCCCAGUUUUGUUUGAAAGCAAGAUUUCCUGGGCUUUGCUCUGCAGUUUACUGACUUCUCUUACGUGCUGGGAAACAGCUGCUGCCUUUCCCUUCAGGGCAGCUCCUUUCUGGCAGGUCACAAAGUAGCUCUUGGUCACUUUUGCUCCUUUGAUGACUAGAGCUUCAAUUAGCUAAUUUUUAGAAUUGCAGUUGCAGGUUUGUGUUGGUAGUGUUGUUAAUGGGGAAGACAUUACUUUUUGUUGAAGGACAAAUCUAGAAUGUAGGCUUGAGCUCUUUGCUUUGUAUCUGCUCAGAGAUCCACCUCGUUACACUUAGAAAAAACAUACUGUAAUACCUGGAGCUUUCAAACACCGUAUGAUAGUGGCACAUACUGAAUUUCCUGUACAUUGCUGCAGUUUUGCCCAGGUUUCUUGUUAAUUGUACCACCCACAUGUGCUUACCAGAAGGACAUUAUUUUUCACUGAUACUGUAAGAAUAGUUUCAAGCACAUCUAGCUGACACAGUGCUUCUUCCCACAGAGCCCUCUGACACUUUCUCCUUUAAAAGCUGUGAUAGCUCAGCUUAUGCCCCCGUUAAUAUUGUUUGAAAUCCCCAACAGGAGGACAGUGGUGAUAAGGACUGGGAAGCAUGCCAGUCCUCUGAGAAAGAUUUACCUGUUUUGAUUGACGUCCUAGGUGUGCUGGAGGGAAGGAGGGAGAGAAGAAAACAGUGAGGCACCUGGAGUGAAGUAGGCUGCCUGGGUUAGAGCUGUGUGGAGUAGGAUGGGCAAUGGGAUCCUAUCUCUUGGAUGUAGAUUUAGAUAAGUGGGGCCUUGAACAUCCUUCUGAAAGUUGUUUUCAGGGCUGUGUGUUCUGCUUACCCAGGCAGGAACGCUGGUGUGCAAGUUGUGCUCCUCAGUUCCUGGUUCCUCCCGACUACAUGUUCAUGUUCUCCUCGACUCAGCUGAUAUCUUGAUUACUGUCCCAGAUCAGUAAUUUAAUUUCCAUGUGCAUCGUGUGCAUAAUGAUUGCCUGGGGAGAGAGAUGCAAAAUAAAUAAAUAAAUAAUCUUUUGAACGGGAAGAAAAUCAGCAUCAUCUUUAUUGUAUGUUAGGAAAGGCAGUCCUCUCUGCUUCUUGUUGGGACAGCCUGGGCACCAUUCAGGUAGUGUUUCUGUCUCAGAAAUGGCUGUUUUUGAUGUGUGGCAGAAAAGGGCUUACAGUAAAGAUCAUCAGUGCUUUUAAGGGUAAAUGGAGGUAUGGAAACUCAGAACAGUGAUUUCUGGAUAGUGCUUUCAUCUGGCAGGAGUUCCUCACGUUUCCCUUGUGUAUUCAGAUCAGCAACUUGGAAGGUGCUAUCUCCCUCCCAGAUCUUUGCCACUUGUGAAGUCCCAGCCCACAUCUGAGGGGCUAAUUUGGUCAAAUCAAUGUAUUGCAGCCAGGGAAGAGCUGCAAAUGCAUGUCCAGCAAUGUUAUUUACUAUUUUCUUUUCCUUGACCCUGUAAGCUGGUUGUCCUUGCUGAGCUGCAGCAAGCUGGUGGGCUGUAUAAUUGUGCUCCUGCUAUCACACAGUACGAUAUUAAAGAAAUAAACUCAGCAUGCAGCUCUUUGUGCUUUUGAAGAAUCGCUGUGGUCUGUCUGACCACAGUGCUGGUGCCCAUUGCCUGGCCAUGCUUUUUGAGUGCAGCGGAUAAUUUAUUGUCCUGCUGCAUGGCUUGUCAGAGCAGAACAGUGCAUCCCUCUGAGUGCUGCAGGGCUGCUGCCGCCUGUUAGUGCUAAAUGGUGAAUAUCUGUGUGUAUUCCAUGGGGGAGGGAGGAGCAGUGCGAUCCCUGCGGGUUAUUGUGCACUGCUCUCCCAGCAUCUCCAGUAAUUAAGCUCCCUUUAGGAGAGGUGAGCAAUUACAGUUGGCUCCACGUCCUCUUUCAGCAGCAAAAGCAAGUGAAGGUGCUGUUUGUAAAUAGGUUUGCUGUAGUCUGAUAGCACCAGAGAUGUUGACACCUAGAAACUCUCCUAGAGACUAAUCGAAGAUCCAGUUCAAAUGAGUGACCUGUAUGCAAAUCUCACAGCCCUUCAGAUCCUGUUCAAAUCUCAAUGCUACGCCAAUGUAGUUUGUUAUUCCAGUCAAACCUCCUUGCUGCUCCUCGCUGUUUUGUCCUUGCUGUGCUAAAACAAACCUGCUCCAGGGCUCCAGCCUGAUUAUGAGGACAAAAGGACGGCAGACAUGCUGCUACCAAAGGGAGAUGUGCCUCAUUUUUGAAAUGUAAUGCAGAGUGGGUGGCUUAGAAAUUCCUACAGUGGCUUUCUCAGGUCAAAAGGGGUCUUUCUAAAAUUUUGGUAAUAUUUCAUAAAAAAUGCAACUUGUGAGUUAGACUUUGAGGUGAAGACGUGUGCUGAUACUGGGAGAACUGAUACUGAAUGUGAGAAUCAGUGAAUGGCAGAGAACAGCCAGUUCUGAAGGAAAUCAUUUUCUGAGUCAGGAUAUUUAACACAUUGAGACUUGUGGGGUUUUUUUUUACUGGUUUUAAAGGGGAAUUGUGAAUACAUGCUAGAAAGCGUUUGUGUUACUACCAACAACUUAAUUUAUGAUUAACUUGGAAUAUUUUUACAUCUCAUUUAUUCCUUCCACAGUGAUGUUCUGAGCAGCUGAAAUUACUUGGUCAGCUUCACUUUUUGUUUAUUUGUUUGUUAGGUUAGUGCCACAAAGGAAUCUUGCUGAGAACUUCAGAGAAUUAAAGUGGGAUUUGGUCUUGAGGGUUUGUUAAAGCCCUUUACUUCUCUAUGGCAAAAAUAGAGUCUUAUGAUCCCUCUGAUGCCACUAUAUAACAUUUAGAGCUCAAAAUGUCCUUCAUAAAGCUGUCAAUAUUCCCUUAAGUAUCUUUUGCUCAAUAUUUUUUUAUCCAGGUCCGUUGCGUCUAGAGAAGUCUUUAACUGUGGAGAUUUUGACACCACUCCCAUAGUUCUUGGUUUUGAGUUACAGUAAGCAAAGUGAGAUAUGAAGAAUAAUGAGAGAAAUGGAUGCCCCAUCCCUGGAGGCAUUCAAGGCCAGGCUGGAUGUGGCUCUGGGCAGCCUGGUCUGGUGGCCGGCAACCCUGCACAUAGCAGGGGGGUUGAAACCAGAUGAUCACUGCGGUCCUUUUCAAAAUAGGCCAUUCUAUGAUUCUAUGAAAUAACUGCAUAGCUCUGCUCGGUCACUAUUUCCAUCUAGCAGCACUGAG